AUGAUCCGGAGAGGUGUGACAUGUCUGGUAGGCGUAUCGUCGGGAUUCACAAACUCGCCGCCGCGGGUUGACGAGAUCUGCGGCACUCACAACGGGCGCAAGCUGUACCUGGACCUGGGCGACCGGGGCACCCUGAGAGCGUCGUUCGUGGACGACGCCCUUCUGCAGCAGGAGCAGCGCACGUCGCACGCCACCUGCAGCCUCGAAAUCGUCACUUGCCCAGCGUGCGUCAUCACGGCCACCUUCAAGUACCUCAACCUCUCGUCCUGCAGCACAGACUCCUCUUGCAGAUGCGACUACGUUUGGAUUUUUGAGCCGCCGUUUGAGUCGUCGGGCAGCCCUUUUUGCGGCAACAACGGCGGCGGGCAGUCGUACAGGUCGCUCACCAGGACCUUGCACGUUUCCUACCUCUUCAGCACCAAGCGCAGGGAUGCUUUCGAGAUCGAGUACCGCGCAGAAAGAAACAAGCAGGUUUUGGGCCUAACACCGUCCACGGCGAUUACCAAGUCAGGCUUCGAUGGCAAUGCGACGCGCGGCGGAGAGCUCGUUUCGCCUUUCUUCCCUGCCAAUUAUCCGCGCGACAUCGGCAUCGAGUACGUGAUCACCACCAUGGACCAGAAGUCCAACGUCCAGGUCAUUUUCACCGACUUCCAGCUUUCUUCCUCCAGCAUUAUCGAGAUGUACGAUUGGAACGGACAAAGACUGCAAGUGUCGUCUGGCGCGUCUUUCCGGCCGCCGAUCGUCAUUUCGUCAGGUCCAUCCCUCAUUAUCAGGUUCUACGCUAACGGAGGAUUUGGACUGGGCUUUAAGGCCGUUUACACCUUUCUAACUAAAUGGUAA